GCUCAGAAGCGAUCGGAGCUUCGAGCCAAAAAGACGGUCCUGUCCGUCUAACGCACGAGUACUUCAAGUCAAGAUUCCAGUACCGCGUACCGCGAUCCAGAGCAAGUCCGAGUCCAAGUCCGAGAAGUUCGUCUUCGGGAUCGUAGUCGUGGUCAGGUGAAUGCCAUCGGGGCAACGUGCCUGGCAUUCCAGAAGAGAUAUAUAUUCUGAGUCGCGAUUCGUGUUGGCGGUUCUUAAUACAAUAUAGCAGUCAAUUUAUAUAUGGUCUGCCCCGUUCAAAACGAAAACAAAUUGGGAAGAUAUAACCGCAGCGAAAGCAACAAAUAUCAAAAUGUUUGCAUUUUUGCCAGUUUUAUUACUUUGUGUGCAUUUGCUGCAUUUUAAAAUUAUCUCGGCAGCAGAUCUCCCAUCCGUUUCAGGAGGGGCACUAGCUCCAGCUCCUGUGUGGCCAAAUGGUGAUAUAAACGCGGCGCCCGAGGCAGGAUUGUUUAAAGCCAAUGCCACGGCUGAGGAAAGUCUCGGGGGAUCGGUGGUGGAUGCCCCAUCGCCAAAUCUGAAUCGCCAGCGUCGUCAGUUCUUUUUCGAUCCGAGCAUUUUGCUAUGGCAAGGAGCUCUCGGAGCCUCGGGCGUUGCUGGUGGCUGGGGUCCUGGCGAGGGAUCCAAGUGUUUGACAUCCCUUGGCCAACCAGGUGUGUGUGUGCGCAUCGAUGGGUGUCGCCAGUAUUACAGGCUGGCCCGCCAGUUAUCCAUCUUCACCCUGCGUCAAUGGCCACAGACGAAUGGACUUGGCCUAAACGGCAAUAUGUGCAACUUCUUCGAUCUGCUGGGCAGAGUUAACAAUGGCAUUUGCUGCACGGAUAUUGAUGCCAACACUUUUGGGGUAUUCCCACUGCCUGGAACGACGACCACGACUACGGAGAAGCCUUCAGUGGUGGCUGACGAGGAGGACAGGGAACAUUUGAUUCCCGAGGGAGAAGUGGAGGGUGAAUAUCCUGCGGAUGCUCCUCGACCGGAAGAGCCCAUUGACAAUCCGAACAGUGUGGAGGAUAUGCCGGAUUUCCAGGACGGCAACACAAUUGAGGGUAAUCCCCCAGAAGCAGAUCAAAAACCAGAAGCAGAGCCAGCGGUGGAACCGGUGGAGCAGCCUAUUCCCACCCAGCCAGCGUCCACCAUUCAUCCCUACCAGUGGCCCUUUGGCUCCUUUGCUGGCGGCCAGUGGCCACCAGCGCUACCGACGCACCCACCCACCACGGGCGGUUGGCCACCACCGCUGCCCACCCAUCCGCCGAACCACCAUUAUCCCACGCAUCCCACCACAGGGGGAGUUCCAAGCACCAAGCGCACCACACCAAGGCCCACAAGCCCCGCCAGACCGACAACCACCAGGCGACCCACUUAUCCUGGUUAUCCCUCGCCAGUUACAACCACGACUACUACGAGACGUCCUGUGAGCGGAACUAGUGCGGAGGGACUCCCGCUGCAGUGCGGCAAUAAGAAUCCCGUGACGCCCGACCAGGAGCGGAUUGUUGGGGGCAUCAAUGCCAGUCCACACGAAUUCCCCUGGAUAGCUGUGCUCUUCAAGUCGGGAAAGCAGUUCUGCGGCGGCAGUCUAAUUACCAACAGCCACAUUCUCACCGCAGCUCACUGUGUGGCACGCAUGACCUCGUGGGAUGUGGCGGCCUUGACGGCCCAUCUGGGUGACUACAACAUCGGCACGGACUUUGAGGUGCAGCAUGUGUCCCGCAGGAUCAAGCGUCUUGUGCGGCACAAGGGCUUUGAGUUCAGCACCUUGCACAAUGACGUGGCCAUACUGACGUUGAGUGAACCUGUGCCCUUCACCAGGGAGAUCCAACCGAUUUGUCUGCCCACCUCGCUCUCGCAGCAAUCCCGAUCGUACAGUGGCCAAGUGGCCACCGUGGCCGGAUGGGGUAGUCUUCGGGAGAAUGGCCCCCAGCCCUCCAUCCUGCAGAAGGUGGACAUUCCCAUCUGGACAAAUGCCGAGUGUGCCAGGAAGUACGGACGUGCCGCACCUGGUGGGAUCAUUGAGUCGAUGAUAUGCGCUGGUCAGGCAGCCAAGGAUUCCUGCAGUGGCGACUCUGGCGGACCCAUGGUCAUCAAUGAUGCUGGACGAUACACCCAGGUGGGAAUCGUGUCCUGGGGCAUUGGCUGCGGCAAGGGUCAAUAUCCUGGCGUCUACACUCGCGUCACUUCGCUGCUGCCCUGGAUCUACAAGAACAUUAAAUAAAUAUAGGAUUCCGAUUAGUCUAAGACGUGAUAUGCUGCAAUAUAUUAAGAGCGACGAUUCAAUAAAAUAACAUUUUUGUA